AUGGCCUUCCUUUUCGACAAAGUGCACAAAGCAGUGCACGAACUCGGCAACGACCUCAAAGACAAGUUCUCCGAACAUGGGCAGACCCAAGGCGCAGGCGCAAGCGAGCAAUAUGACCAGAGCGGCUACGAUGAGCAGCACGAGACCCAUCGCUUCCAGAGCUUUGCGCCACACAGAAUUGGCAAUGAAGCCAAAUGGUACGUCGACGGUGCCGGGUAUAUGCACGCUGUAAGUAUGGCUCUGGAGAGAGCUCGCGAGUCUAUCUGGAUCAUGGACUGGUGGCUGUCUCCAGAGCUGUACCUGCGCCGUCCUCCUGCUCAGAACGAACAAUAUCGCGUUGAUCGUAUGCUGCAAGCUGCAGCUGAAAGGGGUAUUCAGGUCAACGUACUCAUCUACAAGGAAGUCACUCAAGCCCUAACACGUAAGUGUCUCAAUCCAGUUCUCCCCGACUAUAUACAUUCGCUUCUUCCUCGAUCGGUCGACCGCGUCUCUUCAUCUCUGGUCCGAUUUGGAUUGGAUGUGACUUUCAAGUCGUUAGAAUACCUCGAAGAGACUAACCCACUAAUUAAUCCUCCUAUCACAGUGUCAAGUGCACACACAAAGCAUGCACUUGAACAGCUACAUCCCAACAUCCGUGUCUUUCGCCAUCCCGAUCAUCUUCCAGACACAAAGGUUAUGACAUCAUCUUUCCUGUCAUCUAUACAAGGUUUGAAGAUGACCGCCGCCAAUUUGACAAAGUUGCCCGGCGACGCUAUCAAAUCUAUAUAUGGUAUGAACGAGGACACUGUGCUCUACUGGGCGCAUCACGAAAAGUUAUGCCUCGUCGACAGCCACAUAGCGUUCAUGGGCGGUCUGGAUCUUUGUUAUGGCCGAUGGGACACUAACCAGCACUCGAUUGCCGACGCUCACCCCGGCGAUCUGAAUCAGAUCGUCUUCCCAGGUCAGGACUACAACAAUGCCCGUAUCCUGGACUUUAGUGAUGUGGCGCACUGGGAUCAAAACAAGCUUGAUCGUCGUUACAACUCACGCAUGGGUUGGUCUGACAUGUCAAUCUCUUUGAUGGGACCCGUCGUGGAGGACCUCCGGAGGCACUUUGCUGAGCGCUGGAACUUCAUCUACCAGGAAAAGUACAGCUCCAAGAACCAAGACGACAGAUACGCGCCUCUCCAUGUUCCAGAAUCGAGAACUGGAAUCGUUCAUCACGAAUAUCCUUCCGGUCCCGACGCUCCGCUUCCCGAACAUAUGCGCGAACGCAUGAUGGAGCACUGGGAAGAGAGUCGUGAACGCAUGGAAGGGUUCAGGGACCAAGUCAGACAUCACUUCCCAAACAGCAGUCACCCCUCAGCACCGCCUCCUGGUAUGCCCUGUCAAAUCAUGAGAUCCUGCUCGAAGUGGUCUCACGGGACCAGAACCGAGCACUCGAUCCAGAACGCCUACAUUAAGGUGAUCCGAAACAGCCAUCACUUUAUCUACAUCGAGAACCAGUUCUUCAUCACUGCCACUGGAAACUCACAACGCCCUAUCAAGAAUCAGAUUGGUGCUGCUAUUGUUGAGCGUAUUGUUCGUGCCGCACGCGAAGGUGAACCUUACCAGGUCAUUGUCAUUAUGCCUGCCAUUCCCGCCUUUGCUGGUGAUUUGAAGAGCGAUGAAGCACUGGGCACGAGAGAGAUCUUGGAGCUUCAAUACGACAGCAUCAACAGAGGCGGCCACAGCAUUAUGGAGAGCAUUGCACAAGAAGGCAUUGAUCCGACUGAAUACAUCCGCUUCUACAAUCUCCGAAACUACGACCGCAUAAACUCAAGCGGAGCCAUGCGCGAGGCAGAGCAGCAGAGUGGUGUGAGCUACGAUGAUGCAAGACAAGAGUACGACCAGCGUUAUGGCGGUCAGAGUGAUCAAUAUGCGCAAGAAGGCGCCUACGACGAUCAAUAUAAGCAAUACGACGGAGAACAGUCCAACAGGUUUCAGCGUUACCAACAAGCCACCCAAAAUAUGGGUAACCAUUCAGGUCUCGGCAGUGGACGCUGGGACUCGGUUGCAGAGUGCUACAUGCUCAAUGGCGAAGACAUUCGCAACGUACCUUGGGAGGAUGGCACUACCGAUGAGAUGGAUGCAUUUGUGUCUGAGCUGCUCUACGUACACAGCAAGCUCUUGAUCGCUGACGAUCGGGUGGUCAUCUGCGGUUCGGCAAACUUGAACGACCGCUCUCAGCUCGGUGACCAUGAUAGCGAAAUCGCAAUCUGCAUCGAAGAUCCUCGUGAAGUCCAGUCUUACAUGGCUGGUCGUCCCUGGAGAGCAACUGAGUUCGCUGCCAGUCUCCGUCGACAAAUCUUCCGCAAGCACCUUGGCUUGUUGCCCUCUCAAGAUGUCACCAGGCCUAACCGCAACUUCGAGCCUAUCGGAGUGCCGAAUGCGUACGACUGGGGAAGUCGUGAAGACGAGGCUGUCAUUGAUCCGCUGAGCGGUGAUUUCCUAUCUCUAUGGAACAGCACCGCCCGCACGAACACCGAGGCAUUCGAGCGUGUCUUCCACCCCGUACCCUCAGACAAGGUCCGCAACUGGAAGGAGUACGACGAAUACUUCUCGAGGUUCUUCCCUACCGGUAAGGACGCCAAGGAAGAAAAAGGCAAGGAUGCAGAGAAGCCCAGCCAGUGGAAGCUCGGUCACGUUGUAGCAGAGGAAUUCCCUGGCGGCGUUGCAGAGGUCAAGGAUGUGUUGAGCCAGAUUCGUGGUACCCUGGUCGAGAUGCCUCUGCUCUUCCUCAAGGAAGAGGACAUUGCAAAGGAAGGCCUCACGCUCAACGCCAUGACCGAAGAGAUUUAUACUUGA